CGAACACCAGUUGUUUGUGAUAACUUGUGCAGUGAACUUGUGUCGUUUAUUUUACAAUCAUUAUUUUAAAGUCAUGCCUAAAAUCCUUAACUUUGGUGCUGGACCGGCUAAACUACCAGAAGAAGUGUACGACAUAUUAAAAAAUGAAUUAAAUGACUUCGAUGGAACGGGAAUUAGCUUAUUGGAGACAAGUCACCGUUCUGGAACAUAUUUGAAGCUGAAUAAAGAUGUUCAAAGUGUCGUGAGAAGAUUAUUAAAUGUCCCAGACAAUUAUAAAAUUCUUUUCUUAUCGGGCGGUGGUCAAGGUCAAUUUGCAGCAGUGCCGUUAAACUUGAUAUCUAGAACUGGGUCGGCGGACUAUGUAGUGACAGGUGCGUGGUCUGCAAAAGCAGCAAAGGAAGCAAAGAAAUACGGAAAAGUUAACUUAGUAUUGCCACCUACAGACCGUUAUGAAGGCAUACCUGACCAAUCUACAUGGAAACUCGACCCUAACGCCUCAUACGUACACAUUUGUACAAAUGAGACUAUUCACGGUGUUGAAUUCGAUUUUAUACCAGAUACAAAAGGCGUACCUUUAGUUGCCGACAUGUCUUCAAACUUUAUGUCUAAGAAAAUUGACGUGUCCAAGUUCGGAGUUAUCUACGGCGGGGCCCAAAAGAACAUCGGAACUGCUGGAGUUGCUCUUGUUAUCGUUAGAGAAGACCUCCUUAACCAAGCACUUCCGAUUUGUCCUUCAAUUCUUGAUUGGACUGUUACCGCUAAAGCUGAUUCUAUACUCAAUACACCACCUAUGUUUGCGAUCCUAGUAAUGGGAAGAGUUCUACAAUGGAUCGAAAGACAGGGUGGCUUAGACAAAAUGGCCGAAUUGGCAACCAAGAAAUCUUCACUAAUUUACGACGUAAUAGAACAAUCAAACGGAUUUUACUAUGCGCCAGUUGCAAAGAACGCUAGGAGUAGAAUGAACAUUCCGUUUAGAAUUGGUAAUGCUGAUGAGGCUCUUGAGAAAGAGUUUUUGAAAGGCGCUGAAGCUUUAAAUCUCAUUCAGCUUAAAGGACACAGAGAUGUUGGUGGAAUACGUGCGUCGACGUACAAUGCGGUCACCAUUGAAGAAGUAGAAAUCUUAGUCAAAUACAUGAAGGAGUUUUAUAAGAAGCAUGCUAAGUAAAAGAAAUAGAUAUAUGAAAAAAUAAUCUACAUUAAAUCCAUAUUAUAAUUAUAAGUAAACAUUAUCAAUUUUAGUUAAGUUGUUAAAUCAGAUGUUAUAUUUUUUCUUUUAUACAUAUUUCAUUAGAUCAAUAAAUAUGUAAGGUAAUUUU